AUGAGCGACCUUCAAAGGGCAUGGGCCAAGGCAAAGCUCGGAAUAUCACACGAUGCGUUUGAUGAGGGCGAGGAGGAUUACGCGAUAGCCGAAACCGCCGAGACAGCAGACGACGACUCAUCAUCGGCAUCCUCAGCGUCUUCGGUGUCUUCGACCGGUACCAUUGUCCCAACCGCCAACCAACGACUCUUUGCACGUCCAAAUGGGGUUUCUCGGGGGCGGACGCUGGAGCCCACCCCAUGGACGACAUAUUUCGAAAGGGAAUUAUUCAUGGAGUCGGGGGAUCAGUCGGUCAAAUUCCACGCUUAUCUCAGCUCACCUAUUGAAAAGGGACCUCUAUUCGUCAUGCACCACGGAGCGGGUUCCUCGGGGCUGACGUUUGCUGUUGUUGGGUUCGAAAUUCGAAAGCGAAUGCCCAACGCGGGCAUCCUCGCCGUGGAUUGCCGUGGCCAUGGCUCGACAAUUACCCAAAACGAAGGCGAAGUGGACCUGAAUCUACAAACUCUUUCGUCUGACCUUUUUUUUAUGAUUGAAGCGGUCCAAAAACAAAUGAACUGGGCUUGUCUACCACCACUUGUGCUCGUGGGGCACUCACUCGGCGGCGCGGUGGUAACAGACUUGGCCAGCACGCGAAAACUCGGGUCAUCGCUACUCGCCUAUGCUGUGCUCGACGUUGUCGAAGGGUCUGCCAUUGACGCCCUGCAGAGUAUGCAGACCUACCUCUCGACGCGCCCCGGCGGCUUCGCGAGUGUCGAGUCGGGUAUCGACUGGCACAUCCGCACGCGAACGGUUCGCAACUCGAAAUCCGCUCGCGCGUCGGUGCCGGCGCUCCUGCGAAAUGACGGUAACGGCGGCGUGUUGCCCGAGCCAGCGUCACGGUCGUGGCGGUGGCGGACGGACCUCGCGGCGACGCAGCCAUUCUGGGAGGGCUGGUUUGCGGGGCUGAGCGACAAGUUUCUGGCGGCGCCGGGUGGCAAGCUACUCCUGCUGGCUGGGACGGACCGCCUGGACACGGCGCUGACGAUUGGCCAGAUGCAAGGGAAGUACAACCUGCAGGUGUUCCCGGAGGCGGGCCACUUUAUCCACGAGGACCUGCCGGAGCAGACGGCGGUCAGCCUGGUUGACUUUUACAAGCGAAAUGAUAGGAGCCAGCUCGUGCUACCGCCCAAGGUUUCGGAUCUUCUGAAGCAGGGAAAAAAGGUAUAG